AUGGCUCGUAAGAAGGUACAAAAGUCCAAGCCUUCGAAGAACCGAAGCAGCAGGAAAGCACACGAUGCAUUCCAGAUAGCCCAGCGAGCAGAGUCCAGAGGCUCGAAAGCUGGGGAUGACUCGGACAGCGAAAACGACGUCUUUGACGGAGUCAUGGAUGCCAGUAAGUUUUUGAACCGAGAGGAAGAAGAAUUCGAGGACGAGGAACUCGACUCGGACGAGGCCCUUGGCUCGGAAGAUGACUAUGAUGUGCUCAAUUCGAAGUUUUCACAGACGAUUAGAGACAAAGCCAAGGCUAAAAAGCUCAAGGGGAACAGACCGUUACUGAGUGACGACGAAGAAGAAGACGGGUAUAGCAGUGUAGAUGAAAGCCAGUGGGUGACUUUAUCGCAGGCAUGGGAUAUGGACGAGAAAGAAAAAGGAAGAGGUCCACAAAAAAAUGAUGUGGUUUUGAAGGAAGAUAAUAGCAUGGACGACGAACUGGAAAUUGAGCUGCAAAGCGACGAAAACUCGGACGGAGAUGAAGAUCUGGAAGAGGAACAAGACCUGGAAGAAGAGGACAUUUUCGAAGUUUCAGGAGACGAAGAAGACGCUGAUGCACCUUUGACUACCACACUUGCAAAUAUCUCUUCCAAGCUCAAGCAACCUGAAACUCAGCGAAAGAGACUUGUGACCGAGUCUAGAGAAGAAAGUAUUCACUCUUUACCAACUGGAGGAAAAACACUUUCUUUGAAUGAUAUGAUAGCUGCCGUUGACCACUCGGUAGCCAAAGAUGCAAUCUUGAUCGAUGAACCAGAGAAAGAUAUGCGUUCCAAGGCUCUUGCUACUCCACUUCCAGUGAACAUCCAGAAGCGCCAUGAUAGAAAAGCAGCCUACGAAAUUGCCAAUGAAGAAGUGAGCAAAUGGGACGAUACGGUGCAGCAGAACCGCCGUGCCGAAGUGUUGAAGUUUCCAAUUAAUCCUGAAGUGAAACAUAAUGACUCGGCGAUGACUUUCAGAGCAGACAAUGAGCCUGCUACCGAUCUAGAGAAAAAAGUGCAAGACUUGUUGCAACAAUCUGCCUUGGUUGACGACAAAAAAGAAGCUACUUUCGAGGAAAUAGCCGUCGCCAAACUCGCACCCGAAGAGCUUAAGAAAAGAACCAAUGAGCUCAGAUUAAUGCGUGAGUUGAUGUUCCGCGAGGAAAAGAGAGCAAAGAGAAUCAAAAAAAUAAAGUCCAAAGCAUAUCGUCGGGUCCAUAAGAAAGAUCGCUUGCGAAACCAAGAAUUAGUAGAAGGUCUGGACGAUGAAGAUGACCAGGAUUUGAAGAGAUCUCGCGAGAGAAUGACCCUCAAGCACAAAACACAAUCUCUGUGGGCCAAGUCCAUGAUCAAAAGUGGUCUUUCGAAAGAUGCAGAGAACAGAGCAGACCUCGAAGAGAUGUUGAGACAAGGUGAAAGGCUUCGUUCGAAGCAGCUCGGCCACGAAGAAGGUGAACAGAGCGACUCAGGUGUAUCAGAAUUGGAAGAGGAGUACGAAAACGACCAAGAAGACGAUAAUAGAGCUAAACUCGGCAAAGGUGUUUUGGCUAUGGACUUUAUGAAAGAUGCAGAAGAGCGCAAGAGGAAAGAAAAUCUCAGAGAGAUUGAAGAAACCCGCCAACUUGAAGAGGGAUUAACUGGACUUGCAGAAGAGCCAACUUCUGUGAGCACCACCAAAAACCAGGGACGAAGAGUGUACACUCCAGCAGCACAAAUUGCAAGUGCCGCGAAUGCAGAAGUCAAUGAAACUUUGCGAGCAGAAAUUGAAGACGACGAGGCUCACAAUUUGGUCGCAAAGAUGUCAGGAAAGGUUACUAAAACCACACCAAAGACGGAAUUCAAGACAUCUGCAGAUUUGCAAGAAGAGACUGAACAGAAAGAUGAUGAAGAUGAAGUCAAUCCAUGGCUUGCAACGACCGAUACUCAUGCUAAAUCAAGCAAAAUUUCCACUGUUGACAAGGACUCUUCAAAGCAAGUCAAAUCAGCACACAAAAUAUCCAAGCACAAGAAAGAAAAAAAUCCAAAUGCCAAAGAAAAUUUGAUAGACAUCGAUGACACUAUUAGAAUGCGGACAGAAGGUGAAGAGUUUGAUGACUCUGAGACUCAUAUGUUCCAACAGCGUGAUUUGAUAAAAGAGGCAUUUGCUGGUGACGAUGUCAUGCAAGAGUUUGAAGCAGAAAAGAGGCAAGUGAUCAGAGAUGAAGGUGACAAGGUUGAGGAUUUGACGUUGCCAGGAUGGGGAGACUGGGCUGGUGGAAACCGUAAGAGAAAAAAGAAUAAAGUCGUUCGGACAAUCGACGGUGUGGUCCAGAAAGAUAAGAGACAAGAUCGCACAAAAAAGAAUGUCAUAAUUAAUGAAAAGGUGAACAAGAAGAAUUUGAAAUAUCAAUCUUCUGGAGUUCCAUUUCCAUUUGAGUCUCGAGAACAAUACGAAAGAUCAUUGCGGAUGCCGGUGGGUCAAGAAUGGACUUCUCGUGAAACUCACCAGAAACUCACCAUGCCUCGUGUGAUCGUCAAACAGGGUACUGUUAUCGAUCCAAUCAAAGCUCCUUUCAAGUAG